AUGAACGUAAAGAUCCGUUCCUGCUUCAACCACUUUGUUAUCUCUCGAUCCCAGUUGUCCACCAAACUGCUCGGAGUCACGAUCAGAACCCGCUUCACAACCGGCUGCCCUCCCAUCUCGUCGGCCAAAAUCGCUCCAAACUGUUCCGAGUCUUCGCGUUUCAUUCCCAAAACCCUUCCCACCGCCACCUCCCCAUCAAUCCGCUCCACCAGUUCAACCUCCUUGCUCAACCGCGAACCCUCCUCCAGCUCCUCCCCCUUCACCAACCCGGAGCUCCCAAUCACCUUGCCGUCCUCGUCGCCCAACUACACUUGCGUCGUCGUUGGUUCUGCGGGGUCUGCCGGCUUUCUGACUGCGACGGCUCGGGCUUCCAACACGCGGGCAUGGUUCUCCGAGCUGGUGAGCAGCUCCAGCAUGCCCGGGUCCGGUUGGGCUUGCGGUAACGGCAGCGGUCGGAUUGUGAUGGUGGUGGAAGUUCGGCCGGCAGGGACCGCUUCAUCGACGGUCCUGCCGUCAUCGUUUCUGGUCCCGCUGUCCCAAUCUUCGUAG